UAAAUGGAAUAUCCUUCUUGGUCCAUUUAUAAUUUGGGAAUUUUUUGGUUCUUUUGAACAAAUAACCGUCUUCGAACUGCGUCGUAUGAGAAUCUAAAGACACGCUCGUUUGGUCACUGACGUCGUUUUAGUGACACUCUGCUUACCGUUGUAGUUCAUUCCCUUGCCUGCGAAAAUUUCACUCGCUCCUUAUCAAUUUCCCUUUUGCCUAUCUGAAACCAAAACCUCUCUCUUUCUGAUUCGCUGAGAACAAAUCAAAAGUAGAAAGAUCACAAGAUGGGGACGGACGAUGUUCCGUUGGACGACAAGGCCAAGAGAAUGAGAGAUCUACUAUCGAGCUUCUAUUCUCCAGAUCCUUCCUCCACUCCCAACGCCCCUUCAAAGCACGGCACCUUGGAUGCCAUCAACACCACCUCUUUCGAUCCCGAUCAGUACAUGAACCUCCUAGUACAAAAAUCGAAUUUGGAAGCGCUUCUUAAGAGGCACGUUGAAAUGGCAGCCGAAAUCAAGAAUCUGGAUACUGACUUGCAAAUGUUGGUCUACGAGAACUAUAACAAGUUUAUCAGUGCCACGGAUUCAAUUAAAAGGAUGAAAAGUAAUAUUGUAGGCAUGGAAGCAAAUAUGGGACAGCUUCUUGACAAGAUAAUGUCAGUGCAAUCUAGAAGUGAUGGGGUCAACACUUCUCUUUUUGAGAAGAGAGAACACAUAGAGAAGUUGCACCGAACACGCAAUCUUCUGCGUAAAGUGCAGUUCAUUUAUGAUCUGCCCGCUAGACUUGGAAAAUGCAUAAAGUCAGAAGCAUAUGCUGAUGCGGUCAAGUUCUACACUGGAGCAAUGCCAAUUUUUAAGGCAUACGGAGAUUCAUCAUUCCAGGACUGUAAACGAGCAUCUGAAGAUGCUGUUGCUAUAAUAGUAAAGAACUUGCAGGGGAAGCUAUUCUCAGAUUCUGAAUCUAUUCAAGCUAGAGCUGAAGCUGCAGUGCUUUUGAAGCAGUUGGAUUUUCCAGUGGAUAACUUACAGGCAAAACUACUUGAAAAGUUAGAGCAAUCUCUUUGGGACCUUCAGCUUAAAACAGAUGAAAUUGAGAAUGUUUCUAUGGAUUCUAAUGAUCCUUCUAAACAGGGAAAAGUUUCUGACUUGAGUCCUACUACAGCUCAUGAGGCUUCUGUUCGUGAAUUUGCGGAGGCCAUCCGUGCUUAUCGAAUAAUAUUUCCUGACUCAGGAAGGCAACUAAUUACACUUGCACAAGACUUGGUCAUCAAUCACUUUGAAACAACUGAGCAAUAUGUAAAGAGACGGAUUUCUUCUGCCAAUCUCCUGGGUGUUCUUCGGACUAUAUGGGCAGAUGUGCUUCUAAUGGAUGAAGUGUUACAUGAGGCUGUUCUACCCGAUUUUUCUCUGGAGGCUGCCCAAGGUGCUGUUAAAAAGUAUGUUGCCAGUACAUUUACUUACCUUCUACAGGACAUAUCAGAUGUCCUCCUGAGAGUAAAUGUUAGCCCAAAAGAGGCAGCAGAGGAGCACCCCUUGCAGGUUGCUUUGGAGGCCAGCAGAAAAGCAGUGCUCCAAGGCAGCAUGGAUGUCUUACUGGAUUUCUGCCAAUUUCUUGAUGAUGACUUAGGGCUGCUAGUUAAACUGAGAGAUUUCAUAAUUGAUUGGGUUCAAGAAGGAUUUCAGGGCUUCUUAAGUGCUCUUGAUGAUCGUUUUCUCUUGCUUUCUGGAAGAAAGAAUUCAUCAAGUCCGGAUCAAGGUUUGACAGAAGGAGCACACAGUGAAAAAGUUCUUGCUGGUCUUGUCCUCGUGCUGGCUCAACUUUCCAUCUUCAUUGAACAAACUGUCAUCCCAAGAAUUACCGAGGAAAUAGCUGCUUCCUUCUCUGGCGGUGGUGCUCGAGGCAUUGAAAAUGGACCUGCUUUUGUUCCUGGGGAGAUAUGUCGAAUAUUUCGGUCGGCUGGGGAAAAGCUUUUGCAUCAUUAUGUAAAUAUGAGAACUCAGAGGGUAUCUGCUCUGCUAAGAAAGAGGUUUUCAACACCAAACUGGGUCAAGCACAAGGAGCCUAGAGAAGUUCAUAUGUUUGUUGAUUUAUUUCUUCAGGAGUUGAAAGCAAUAGGAAUUGAGGUGAAGCAGAUUUUACCUCAAGGGCUCUUGCGUAAGCAUUGGCGGUCUGACAGCAAUGGAAGCACCACCUCAUCACGUAGCAACCCAUUACGAGAUGAUAAAAUGAGUAGGUCAAAUACCCAGAGAGCCAGGAGCCAGCUCUUAGAAACACAUCUAGCAAAAUUGUUCAAGCAAAAAGUUGAAAUUUUUACGAAAGUUGAAUAUACACAGGAGUCAGUUGUAACAACUAUUGUAAAACUUUGUCUUAAAAGCUUGCAAGAAUUUGUCAGACUCCAGACCUUUAAUCGAAGUGGUUUCCAGCAAAUUCAGCUGGAUAUUCAGUUCUUAAGGACUCCUUUAAAGGAAAUUGUUGAAGAUGAAGCAGUAAUUGACUUUUUACUUGAUGAGGUGAUUGUUGCUGCUUCAGAGCGUUGUCUUGACCCGACACCUCUGGAGCCUCCAAUCUUGGACAGACUUAUACAAGCUAAGUUAGCAAAAUUGAAGGAACAGAAUCCAAUUACCCCCUAGAUGUUGGAAAGUGAAAUUGGUAUGGAUUGCUCUGAUUCAGUUACUUUGAUGUGAUUCAUUCGUCCAAAGGUUCAUACAGAAAUUCCUGAAGGAUAUUCCAAGUUCAAUUGUUGCUGCUUACAUCUUGGCAUAUUUCGUGUGUAGUCCGUUGAUCUGAUUCAUCAGAGGGUUUUGGAUUCUAUGACUUGGGAAAAACCAUUUUGAAAUGAGUCAUUGUUCGAGUACAACCAAUACACUUGCAGAGCUUCUCGUCUGUCACAAUGAUGGGAAAUUCUUGAAUGAAAUGAUGAAAAUGCAACAAAAAUUCCAGUUAUCUAUACGUGGAAGGGUCCUUGUAGCUCAUGGAUAUCUCAUAUCUUUCAACUGAGAACACAUUAAAAUCCCAACACCCACAUGAAUUAUCCGGCUUCUCACUUCCUUUUUAGUCCACUUUUUAUUGGAGACUACUGAUAGAUGGUCUAAUAGUAACAUGAAUCAUUUGCUUGCCAAGCUUGAGGCGGUUUAAAAUUUCUUGAUAUAAUAUGUCAUUAUUGGUAAUAUUUUAUGACAUUGUCGUAAGUGAUUAUUCAGGAUCAA